CCUUCUGCCCCUUCGGCCUUCACCAGGGAAGGAUUUUUUGGAAAAACUAAGGAAUUUUACGAGGAAUUGGAUUCAGUGGAUUCACUUGAUCAUUUUUUGGCAAAGAAAAGUAAAUAAAUUUGCGUUCAUGGCAGAAAUUGCUAACCUUGCAGACAAAGAAUAUUUAUACAAGCUUCUAGGCUGCGACGAAUUAUCAAGUGAAGAACAAAUUAUCACAGAGUACAAGCUAAGAGCAAAGGCUUUACACCCGGAUAAAAAUGGGGACGUUGAAGCUACAGACAAUUUUAUAACUUUGACAAGAGCAAAAGAAAUCCUGUGUGAUAAAGAGAAACGAAAACAGUAUGAUACUUGGAGACGUUCAUGUCUGGAUAUUUCAUUUGAUGUAUGGCUUAAGAUGGCAGGGUCAAAUCAGAUGUCAAUGCACUGGGCACCUCUAGCCAAGAAGCAAAAAAUGAUUGAAAAUUGUGAAGAUGGGAUUGGUGAUAAUAAAGAAAGCAGCAGUACAAGGACCAAAUCUCCUAAAGAAAAGAAAUCUGAAUCAGUUAACAUUUGUGGCAAAAAAACUACAUGGAAAAGAAAAGGAAGUUGGGGUGAUUCAAAACUAAGUAAAUUUAGAAAUUACAAAAUAUAGAUGUCAAGGC